AUGGCUUUCGCGUCUAGUAUAUCCACGAUCCUGGCGGGGGUAGUUGCGUAUUUCAUCGCGCGUUACACUUACCGGCUUUUCUUCCACCCGCUUUCUAAAAUUCCAGGCCCCAAGCUCGCUGCUAUCUCGUAUCUACCCGAGUUCUACCACGAUGUCGUUAGAAAGGGAAUGUAUAUGUGGGAGAUCGAAAAGAUGCAUCAAAAAUACGGACCUAUUAUCAGAAUCAAUCCACGCGAAGUUCACAUUAAGGAUCCCGCAUUCUACGAUGAGAUAUACGCCGGCGGCAUGCGAAUUCGUCAAAAAGACCCCGCAUUCACUGUUGCUCUCCUGACGCCCGGUGCAAUGGCAUCGACAAAUGACCAUGAAAGACACCGACAACGACGCGGAGUGCUAAGUAACUUUUUCUCCAAAAAGUCCGUUACCGAUCUCGAGAGCGUUAUCCAGGACAAGGUCGACACGUUAAAGGAACGCUUCAACAGAGCGUUCCACGAGGAAACGGUCUUGAGCCUACCAUCUGUAUUUGCAGCACUCACAGCAGACAUGAUUACGCAUUAUUGUCACGGCGAGUCUCGUGGGUAUCUCAUCGCACCUGAUUUCAAGAAUAAUCACAUGGAAGCAUUGGAUUCCCUGUUCACUCUUUUUCAUAUUAACCGGUUUAUCCCACCGCUUGCACACCUGCUGUCAAGGCUCCCAUUGGAGUCAAUGAAGAAAUGGGGCAUUCUUUCCGGUACAAUCGGAGAAUUGGUCGAUACGAGGCUUCAAACGCGACAGCGAGCAGCCGAGGCGUUAGAUGCUACAGAAAAGAAGACGACAGGGCCAAAGACCUUAUUUGACGCUUUGACAGCAGAUAGUGUACCGGAAGAGGAGAGAACGGUGAAUAGACUUGAAGACGAAGCUUCUGUUUUAUUCGGAGCUGGAACUGAGACAACAGCAAGAGCCUUGUCGAUCGCAGCAUUUUACCUGGCAAAGAAUCAGACUCUCCUGGAGAAGCUGCGUGGAGAAUUGAAGCUCGUUAUGCCUUCGCCUGGUAGUAAACCGACAUGGGGGGGUGUCAUUCAAGAAGCACUUCGACUGUCAUACGGCCUGAGUGGCCGCUUAGCUCGGAUCGCACCAACAGAAGAUCUCGUAUACAAGAACCAUCUAAUUCCGGCAGGGACCCCCGUUAGCCAAGCGAUAUACUUCGUCCACCAUGAUCCGACUAUCUUCCCCGAACCCGAGAAAUUUGACCCAGAGAGAUGGACCAGGGCAUCAAAUGAUGGAAUCAACCUAAAGAAGUACAUGGUAUCCUUUAAUAAAGGAAGCCGACAAUGCCUUGGGAUGAACCUUGCAUAUGCGGAGAUGUAUCUGACCUUGGCUAUGUUUGCCCGAAACUUUAAUGUUGACCUGGUCAAUACAACGGAGGAUAAUAUUCGAUUAGGGAGAGACAUGGCACUGCCGUAUCCAUAUGAGGGUAGAUUCUCUGUUAGAGCGAGGAUUACAGGAAUUAUUUCAUAUUAA